AUGGCGAUAAUGCCCCUAAUCCGCCACCCCACACCUCAAAUAUUCCAAUCUUUCGGCCAAGUCCGCCGUCUUCCUCCCCGCCUUUCUCCGUCAAUGGCGACCCUAUUGAACAACGACCCUGUUGGCGUCACAAAUUAUCCCGUGCCCCUCUCCCCACCAUUGCCCGCCAUAUCCAAGAACAUAGAGCUCAACAGAGCCUUAACUGCUUCAUCAAGAUCGGCCCUUUUUACACUUUCUAGGACUCAUGUGCUUUAUGAGGAUCAGUGGCUAAUUGCUGUUAACAAACCUCAAGGAAUUUACUGUGAGAAUGUCUUGACUUCUGUUUCCAGUCUUCUCACAGAUGUCAAAGACUCUGAAAUGCAAGUGAAUGGAACAGAGCUUCAUCUAGCGAAUAGACUUGAUCGGGACACCAGUGGUGUUAUGUUGAUUACCAAAUCACAUAAAGUUGCUGCCAAGCUUGUGAAAGCUUUUACUGAUCACAAAGUGAAAAAAACAUAUAUUGCAUCCUGCAUUGGUGAAGCUCCAAAAUGGGAAAAUAUCACAAUUAGGUCUGGUCAUGGGAGAUCUAAACAUGGGGCCUGGCGUGUUUAUGCUGCAUCAGAUGUUGGUAAGACACUACCAGGUGGCUCAGUUAUUAGGGAUAUGGAAACUCUUUUUGAAAUAUUAUCUGUAAACAGGCAAGGGAAGUUUAGGGAGUUUUCUAGCUCAGGGAAAGAUGCAUCUCAAAUUGUAGUUGUUGAAGAGAAAUCUGGAAUAGAUUGCAACUUGAAGAAAGAUGAGAUUUUGUUAAGAGCUUAUCCUAAGAGUGGGAGAACACAUCAAAUUCGUUUGCACUGCCAAUAUCUUGGGAUUCCCAUAAGAGGAGAUGUAAAAUAUGAAGGUGUCUAUGAUUGGGAGGGUAAAAUAUAUGAUGGCCAUGAACUCCAUGCUGAGAGUUUGUCCUUCCAACAUCCUGUUACAGAUGAAAGUGUAUUGAUUCAAGCACCUCUACCACCAUGGGCAAACUUAGUAUCUUAG